AUGGCUUCACCCCCCUACGCCCAGUCGCCCACGGCCAUCUCCCCUCCCUAUCCCGCCCACACGCCACUGCCCGUCUCAAAGAAGCGCGCCUCCGACGGCGGCUCCCAACCCUCUCUCAAGCGGCGCAAGGCCUCGACUCUCUCCGUCUCCUCGGCGACCCACCCCCUCCGCCAGACCUCCUUCCCGCCCGAGGCGCGAUCACCACUCGCGCGCUCCCCCUCGGUCGACACAGCCAGUCACGUCAGCGGCAGCCAAGUCAGCGCGCCAGCAGGACCCCCGAAGAAGAAGCGCGGCCGCAAGCCCAAGAAUCGAAACCCCGAAGGCGCCCCCGACGCGGGCACUCCCACGCCCUCGCUCGUCAGCGGACGCGGCGGGACGGCGGGCGGCGGUGCCGAUGGGCAGAAUGGCGAGGACGGCAACGAUGACGAUGAUGAUAACGACAUGCAGAUGGGGCUCGUGGGCGGUGAGACGAGGACGCAGGAGCAGAAGCAGGAGGAGAUCAGGCUGCGUGCCAUGCUUGUCGAGUGCUUCGACGAGGAUCAGAUGAACCGUUAUGAGAACUGGCGCGCGGCCAAACUGACCGACAAUGUCGUCAAGAGGGUCGUCAACGCCACCGUCUCGCAGUCGGUGCCGCCUACCGUCACGCUGGCCAUCAAAUCCGUGUCGAAAUACUUCAUCGGCGAACUCAUCGAGAAGGCCAUCAGCGUGCAGGGCGAGUGGAUGAACGCGACCGGCGAGAAGCAGUCAGAGGUCGAGUUUCCCCCGCAAAACACGGAUCCCACCGUGCGCGGCGACAUCAACCGCCUCAGCGAGAAGGACAAGCGCGGGCCCCUGCGCCCGGAGCACCUGCGCGAGGCGUGGCGGCAGUACAAAAUGUCGGGCGAGAGCGGGUGGGUGGGCACGCAGGGGCUGUGGCACGAGCAGCAGAGCGACGGUGUCGAGCGAUUUCCCGUGCGGACCGGCGGCAAGCGCAUCUUCAAGUGA